AUGCAAGGUCUUAGCUCCAAGGCGCACGCUUUUUCAGUCGAAGCGCUUGUGGGGAAACCCAGCAAGAGGAUGAAAGUGGCAGAGGAAUAUCAGUCAAGUUCACCUGGUCACACUGACACUGACACAACCAUCUUUGCUGGAAAAAGCGAAAUUAAUGUUUCGCUUUCAGGUUCAGCGGACCGACUGCAAAUGAAGAAAGUGGAUUUGCAGAAAACGGGUGCCGAAAAAAAGCCCAUUGACAACAGUCCUGAUAGAGAACUCCGUGUGGAGUUGCAGGGCUCUGAACUCUGGAAGAGAUUCUUCGAGAUUGGAACCGAAAUGAUCAUCACCAAAGCUGGGAGGAGAAUGUUUCCCUCCGUUCGCGUCAAAGUGCGGAAUCUGGACCCAUGCCAGCAGUAUUACAUCGCGAUGGACGUCAUGCCCGUAGACUCAAAACGUUACAGGUAUGUUUACCACAGCUCCCAGUGGAUGGUGGCAGGAAACACAGACCAUUCGUGCAUCUCACCCAGGCUCUACGUGCACGCAGACUCGCCGUGCGCAGGAGAGACAUGGAUGCGUCAGGUCAUCAGCUUUGACAGAGUUAAACUCACCAACAACGAGAUGGACGACAAGGGACAUAUAAUUCUACAGUCCAUGCAUAAGUAUAAGCCACGCGUGCACAUCAUCCGGCACGACCCUAGGAUGGACUUGUCCCAGAUCCAGUCGCUGCCUGCUGAGGGAGUGUUCAGCUUCUCUUUCCCAGAAACCGAGUUCACCACCGUCACAGCCUAUCAGAAUCAACAGAUCACAAAACUGAAGAUCGACAGGAACCCGUUUGCCAAGGGCUUCAGGGAUCCGGGAAGGAAUAGGGGAGUGUUGGAUGGUUUACUGGAGUCUUAUCCUUGGAGAUCGCCGCUCAGCUUGGAUUUCAAGCCAUUUGCCGUACAGCUUCAAGGGAGCCUGGGGUCCCCAACCAGCAAUGCUUCCUCUCUGAAGAGUCUCCUGCCUCUGACAUCUUCAUCGUCCCUUCUUUCAUUAUCUACGAUCUCCUGCCAGGACGCUACUCUUCAAACUCUUGCACUUCCUUUUUAUGGAAAAUCUUCAGGCAGCCCCACAUUGCCGGGCAGAGCUUUCUCCUCACUAGGAGCAGACAGACUCAGAGGCCUGCCACCAAUUUCUCCACUAACGGACUCCCCGCUCUUCUCUAUGGUCCACGGAAAGAAAAUUCCCAAUUGUCAUGACCCGGGUCUUUCUCGAUCGAGCCCUCCAUGCUUGAUUCCCCUCCCUAACCCUCUCAGCCCUCAAGGAUCCACUUUACUGCCUCAUCUUUCAGAAAAUGCUGCCCCAUAUUGUUUUUACCGCUAUAGGUUCCCCCUAAACACUCAGCUCUCAACUGUUACCCGACACAGCAAACUGGCUGAGGACAACACAGAGGCUCUACUGCGACAAUCUUCAUGGAGUCUGGCUACCAACCACCAUCUCUGA